UGUGGAAUAAACACGUUCAAAAUACGAACCCAACGCAACCAACCCAACGCCCAAUAAUGGGGAAACCUGGCCAUAAAGAGAUGCUACAGAAUCGCACCAAAUCCUGGGGCAAACAGAAGUUCAAGCCCGCUCCAUUUUCACGCAACAGGGCACCGGCACCCAUUCCUGAUCCCGAAGAGGCAGCCCAGCCAUGGCAACACGUGAAGAAUGAUCUUAUAGAAGAUGCUGCGGAGGCGGGCAACGCUGGGCGCCUCGAUGCGGACAGUGAGAAAGCGAAGGAGUUCCGAAAGCAACGGGAGCAGAACCACCGGCGAAACAUAAUCGAAGCGAAGCGUAAUGAGAUAACCACGUGGGAAUCCUUUGAAGAUGAGCCCACUCCAUCCAAAGGAAAGCAGGGGAAGAAUAAGGGAGAGCCCGGGAGGUCGACAUUUGCAGAGUGCGAUGUGUCCAAGGGGGAGCUGCCAACCAACGCCGAAAACUUUACGUUUAAGGAACGCGAUUUCUAUCGAAGAAAAGUGACGCUCGGCGUUUCCAUGGCCAAUCGGAAACCCAACUUAAAUUGGGCCAUUCAAGAUCUAAGCAGAUAUGGUGUGAAGGCACCACCACAGCAGGCGAGAGGAGCGGGACAUAAUGUGAAGGGAUCAAAGCAAAAGAAAGGAAUGGUGACAAAGCCAAAGAAAGAGUGGACGGAUGCCAGGAAGAACAACCCGUUCCAGAAGAAGAGCAUUGAAUAUUAGUCGUUGGGGUGGGUAAGGGAACAAAAUCAGAAAUGUAUACACAACAUUACUACACGAUUUAUGUAAAUCUUAGACAUAGUGGUACAAAUACAAGUGGAAUAGGUCUGCAAAAAUAAUAAAUAAACUAAACAGAAUGA